AUGAAGACAAAGCUCAUAUCCAACACGCUACCUGAAUCUGUGGGAAGUGGAGACUGUUGGAAAGGCAGUGAUGCUAUUCUGUUGGGUGUGUAUCGAGGUGGCAGCCGAUCCUCUAGCCGAGCAGCAGUUCCACAGAAUGUGCGGCGAUUUCACUGUAGUUUCUGCAACUACUCGACCAUUUACAAGCAGACACUGCAGCGUCACCACCGCACACAUACGGGCGAGCGGCCAUUUGAGUGCGAGUUCUGCCUCAAGACGUUUGCCCAGAAGUGCAACAUGAAAGCGCACCAGCGUCUGCACACGGGUGCCUGUCCCUACCGGUGCCAGUUCUGCCAACUGGGAUUCAGUCGACGCGAGCUCCUCACCGAGCACCUGCAGCAGGAGCACGAAAUGCAGCUGGCCUUUAAGUGCGGCUACUGCUCCAGUGGCUUCCUCACUCGUCACGAGCUUUGGCGACAUCUGCGCUCCUGUUCCCCCUGGGGGGCACCAACGCCAGAUGCCAUUGUGGCGUCUGUUGUAGCAUCUGUGCCUGUGACAACACAGCCACCCUCGUCACCAACCUGA